CCAAAAACAAAUACAUUUCAAACCAUUCGAAUUUAAUUUUCUUUUCCUGUUCUACGGUUCUAAAGAUGAAGCAGACAAUCUCUCUCUUAAUGGCUAUCUUGAAGGCGAAAUCCAUGGCGGUGAAGAGCAAAGCAAGCGCUGUGAAGACGAGAUUCAUAAUCUUCAAGCUUCUUCAUGACAAAAAUGCACUGAUAGGCGUAUUUCCGCACAAAAAGAACGAGUUUUCAUUUGAUGAAGAGCAAGCGAAUCCUCAUGAAAAAACGAUCAUUCUGCACAAUGGAGCAGUCGAAUGCGUCGAAGAAAAAUACAACAAUCUUGAAGACGAUGCUGAAUUUGAUGGAGAUUCUGGAGAGAGGGAUGGAGAGUUUGAUCUUGAGGAUGAGAUCGAUCAAGCGGCGGAUAUUUUCAUAAGAAAGUUUCGUAAGGAGAUGAUGAUUCAGAAGCAGGAGUCUUUCAAAAUGUAUCAGGAAAUGUUGGCCAGAGGAGUUUAGCAGAAGAUUAUCUUUCGUAUGUAGGAUGAUAUAUUUUCUUAUGUUGCUUUGUUAAAAGAUGGCCAUCCUGAAAAAGAUUUUUUUGACUUGGCUGCAGAUUAAUCAAAUGAAUGUGCGGUUGGUGCAGUUUGUUUUCUUAUAUUGAAUAGUAGAAAUUGUUCUAUUUA